AUGAUCGAGACGAUGGCCUCUCACGAGGUGCCGUUUGGGGAGCUGGAGGUGGACCUUGCCCUGGGGGAGGUGGUGGCGGACGUGGCGGACGUGGACGAGGUAGAAAAGGUGGUGACGCGCUGGACGCACCUGGGGGAACCACGGGUCAGUCCGAGGCGGAAGCCGGGCGACCCGCGCACGGACGCGCCGGGUCUGAGCCCCAGGGCGCACAACGACGACGUUCCUGUGGAACAGGAGGGCGCCCUGUCUCCGCGCGUCGUGUCGAAGCGGGCGAGCUCGAAGAAGGCUCGCGGGUGGAACACGCUCGCGCCUGCGUACGACGCGGAGGCCAGGAAGGUGGACCAGGAGCGCCUCGAGCGCCGCAGGCAGUACGAGAUGGCCCGCAGGCAGAAGUGGGAGAAGGCCCGCGUGAAGCGGCAGAACCAGCAGCUCCUGGCGUCGUACCGCGAGCACCUGGCCCACCCCGCGCCGCUGCCGUCCUCGCGCCCCGAGGACGACAUCGGGACGUGCACGGACACCGCCACGCACGACGAGGGCGGGCACGGACGUAGCAGCAACGACGACAGCCUCCUGGCCUCCGUGCCCGGCACGCGCGGCGUCGACGCCGUCGUCUCCAGCACCGCCGAGACGCCGCGCUUCCCGGGCGACAAGAAGGCGUCGGGGUACGACACGGGCACGACGCACGGUGCGGGGAGCAGGCACGAGGGGGCGCACUCCGACGUGCGCAAGCCCGGGUCGCAGGCGGCCUCGAGCCCGCGGCGGCAAGGCGAUGGCGGCCGCGGCCGGCGCGGAGCCCCGGCGUACGGUCGGGCGGACGACCUGGACGACUCGGGCAUCGCUGAGCUGACCAGGGCGCACCCCGAGGGGGCGAUGCGGGCGUCGGCGGCGUUCGACCCGCGCAUGCUCGUGGCGGAUGACACGGCGGGCGCGGGCGCGGCCCCGCAGGUCCUGCAGGUCGCGCGGGGCGCUGGUGCGGGGCGCCGCGGUGUCGAUCGGGGGCCGCAAGCGGACCCCGCGGGGCCGCGCAGGCGGGCCGCCCGGGCCGGUGCGGCCGCGGACGUGACGCCGCGGGGGGUGCGCGGAAGCCAGGACGGCGGCGUUGUCCGGGGCAAGGUGCAGGACGCGCCGCAGCGGCAGGCGGCUCCUCGACGGGGCCGCGAGGAGCGCGAGAAGCAGGCGGGCGGUCGUGGCGGCGCGGCCGCGGCGCAGAAGGCUCCUGCCGCGCCGGAGCCGGCGCGUCGCGGCCGGCGCGCGGAGGCGCCAGCGCAGCAGCAGCAGCAGCAGCGCGCGGGGGCGCGCGGGGGGCGGCGGAAGGCGGGCGCGCCGGCGAUGUCUGCGCAGGAGCAGCAGCACAUGAUGAUGAUGCAGCACCAGAUGAUGAUGCAGCAGGUCAUGAUGCAGCAGAUGGCCAUGCAGUGGGGGUGGUCGCCGCGCGGGCAGGCCAAGCUCAACGGGUCGAUGCCGGGGGCGCCGGGCGCGCCGCGCCGCGCAUCGCACCCGCCGAACAUGAUGAUGAGCGUGCCGCCGCCGGCAGGGAUGCUGCCGGCCAUGGUGCCGCCGCCGGGCGCGGGCGGCGAGGGCGGCCGCAGACGCAAGGGGCAGGUGGGGCACAUGGGUGCCAUGGGGCCGAUGGCGGGGUACGCGAACCCGAUGCCGGCGAUGAUGCCGUUUCCGGCCGCGAACGCGAAAGCGCACAAGCUGCAGCCCAUCUGGUGA